AACCCUAAUUGACCAAUAGUUAUUAACCGAGAAACCCUACACUCUUUAAAAUAUAUUAGUUUUUCUCCACAUCCACUCGGAGCUCCAGCCGGCAGCCACACCAACCUUCUGCCUUCGUCCUCCAUCCAAAUUCUCAGCCCUAAAUCUACUCAACAUGGCACCUAAGAAGGACAAGGCUCCUCCUCCAUCCUCCAAGCCCGCUAAAUCUGGCGGAGGAAAGCAGAAGAAGAAGAAAUGGAGCAAGGGAAAGCAGAAGGAGAAGGUGAACAACAUGGUAUUGUUUGAUCAGGGAACCUAUGACAAGCUUGUUUCAGAAGCUCCAAAGUUCAAGCUUAUUACUCCUGCUAUCAUUUCAGACAGAUUAAGGAUCAAUGGAUCAUUGGCACGUCGGGCGAUCAAGGAUUUAAUGGCCAGAGGUUCUAUUAGGCUCAUAUCUGCUCAUUCUAGCCAGCAAAUAUACACCAGAGCCACAAACACAUGAUAAAAAAGUUGCCAUUUAAAAGAGGAACAUCUUGGUUUUCUUUGCAUCUCGUCAGGAACUAAUAUCUAUGAUUUUGAAUAUUUACAUGUUUGCAUUUAGAACUGGAUGAAUUAUUUGCACUGCUUGAUCGGAUAUAUUUUUAUAUAAUUUGAAUUUUUGCUUUCAUUUCUUUGAGUUUUUCUAGCAAAUGAGCAAGCAUGUACUAUUGAUUUUGGAAUUAGAGAUUUGUGCUCUCUACUUUGUCGAUUGAAGAAAAAAAUACCGAAACAUCUUAUGUAAAGUGUAGUAUGGCACUAUUUAAUGGCUCAUUGGUUUAUCAAAUCCUUCUCCAUUUUGACCAA